AUGGCAGGCUGGGGGAUCUUCUUCCUUUCUCUGCUCAACUACAAGACGGAGAAGUAUGUCAUCGCAGAGAACAGGAGAAUCGGAAUAUUGUUCCGACUCUAUCAGCUGGCCGUGCUGGGAUACAUUAUAGGGUGGGUGUUUGUGGUGAAGAGAGGCUACCAGGAGAGAGAAGAAGCCAUCCAGACCUCAGUCAUCACCAAGCUCAAAGGUGUCACACUAACCAACAACUCCGAGACGGGGCUUCACCUCUGGAGCGCAGAGGACUAUGUCAUACCCCCAAACGGUGAGCAGGUGUUUUUCAUCGUGACAAAUUAUGUCGAGACACCCAAUCAGAGACUGGGGGUCUGUGCUGAGAGUUACAAGGUGCCAAGUGGACGAUGUCUAAGUGACGAUGACUGUGUUGAAGGGGAGGUUGUAACAGCCGGCCAUGGAAUCAAGACUGGCGUCUGUUUAAACAGCACCGGGACCUGCGAGAUUCACGCCUGGUGUCCAGUAGAAUACAGCAGUCGCCCCACAGAGCCUUUACUGAGCGAAGCAGAAAACUUCACCGUCUACAUCAAGAACUUCAUCAGGUUCCCAAAGUUUGAAUUCUCCAAGUCAAACGUCCUUGAAACUUCAGAUGACAGCUACCUGAAGAGGUGCUCAUACGACACAGAGAAACAUCCUUACUGUCCUAUCUUCCGCCUGGGAGACGUAGUCAGCUGGACUGGACAUGACUUUCAGGACAUGGCUGUUAAGGGUGGGUCUGUGGGUGUCCUCAUUGAGUGGAACUGUAACCUGGAUAAGGACUCUUCACAGUGUAACCCACAGUACAGCUUCACUCGCUUAGACAUGAACAUGAACAACUCAGUCACAUCAGGAUACAACUUCAGAUAUGCCAGGUACUACAAGGAUCAAAACGGUGAAACCUAUCGCACUUUGUACAAAGUGUAUGGAAUUCGCUUCGAUAUAAUGAUAAAUGGCCAGGCUGGAAAAUUCAAUAUUGUUCCCACAAUAAUUGCCAUAGGUUCUGGUCUUGCUCUGCUGGGUGCAGGAGCCUUUGCAUGUGAUAUGAUAUUACUGUACAUGAUGAACACAAGCUCCUUCUACCGAGAGAGGAAAUUUGAAAUCAUCAAUUUUAAGAAUGAAAGGACCAAAAACAAGGACAGCAAGGCUGGAACCCGGGAGAGGAAAUCCAGGAAAGCAGGUGCAGAGAAAGGGGCCGGCAACUCGGUCAAAAUAUCAGAGGAACGUGAAGAUGUGGAGGGAUCUCAUCCCACUGCAGAGGACAAACGGGGUCCCACCAUUCCACGCAACACAGGACAGCGAUACCCUUCCCUUCUCUCCCCUCACGCUGCAGAGCCAAGGCAUCAUAUCACUUUCUCACCAAACAGUUAAACACGUGGACAGAGGAGGACAAACCGCCUGCAGUGGUCCUGUUUAUGCUGCAGGAGGUUAAACUGAAGAAAAACAAACAAAACAAAAAAAAACUCAGAUGAAUGUCCACGUCUCCAACCACGUCUCAUCUACUGGCAUGCUGACAAGUUUAGGAGAUGCUUGGCUUGACUGGAAACGGGGUGGGUCAAUGAAAUGUCAGUGUUCUGCUUGGUGCAAAUGGGUCAGGACACUCAUUUAAAGAUAAACAGAUUUCAGGUGGAGAUCGGGAACCAAAGGUUUAAAGUUAGGUUUACAAAAGGGCCAUAAUUGAUAAUAUGACAAACUACCAAAUACAGUAUAUCCCAAUUCAAAUGGAAAGAAAUAAUAUACUUUGGACUUAAGCAUCCAUCUAUUUACACAUCACAUCCUGCCUGCAGGCACACACGGUUGGUGUAGUGGUUAGCACUGUUGGCUUUGCAGCAAGAAGACUUGGGUUUGAAACCUGGUUGGAACAAGGGCCGCUCGCAUAGAGUUUGCAUGUUCUCCCCCUGUGCGUGCGUGGGUUUCCUCCCACUGUCCAAAAACAUGCAGAUCUGGGGAUUAGGUGAAUUGGACACUCUAUUGGACUGUAUGUGUGAGUGGAUGAGUGGUUUCUGUGUGGCCCUGUGAUUGAGUGGAUGUUGUUUGUCUCUAUGUGGCCCUGUGAUGGACUGGUGAUCUGUCCAGGGUGUACCCCACCUAUCGCCCUACAUCAGCUGAGAUUGACCCUCAUGUGGAGGAUAAAACGGUAGCAAAUGGAUGGAUGGAUCCUGCCUGCAUGGGUAAUGCACACUGCUCGGCCCCAAGAAAGUCUCAGUUGGACAUUUACCUUAGAUGCAUUUGUCAUUGUAUUGCUUCGAUAAGCUUAGAUCUAACACUAAUGGGAGAACUUGACAGCUCAUGCUACCCGAGUCAUUCUUCCUCAAUUUGAGCCUGAUGAAUUUUGGCAAUGUCAUUUUUUAUUGUGCCCCAAAAUAAACUGGUUGUUCAGUAUAUUUAUGGUUAAUCAGCUUACUAAUUCUUUGGGGGAGGCACAUAACGUUGCUGAACAUCAGGCCUGACCUGCUGAAGCAACCCCAUAUCAUAACGCUGCCCCCCACAGGCUUGUAUAGAAGCCACUAAGGGCAAUAUUGGGAGUAUGUUACUUUUUUUGGACCUGGCAAAUGUCUUGGUUCUUAUCAUUGUCACUCUCGUCAUUAAAAUUACAGCAGGAAAUAACUGGUCAUAAUUAGGCCUACAAUUAACAAUUAUUUUAAUAGAUGAAUCUGUUAUUUUCUCGCUUAAUGUGAGAAAAUGUCUCGGUGUUUCUCAAAUCUUACUCUGUCCACAAACAAAAAUGAUUCAGUUUUAAGGAUUUAUUUGUUAUAUGGAGUAGCAAUACCAGAAAAUAUUCACUUUUAAGAAGCAAACAAAUCUGAAAGCUUGUUAUAAUUAUUGAAAAAGCCCACAAACUGAUUAAUAAAAUAGUAUUCAUUUAGUCAAUUCAUUAAUCGUUGAAGCCCUAGUCAUAAGUCAAAAGUUGUCAUGUUAUUUUACACCAGGUACCCCCUUAAGUCAGUGUUAGAGAAAUAAUUAUGUAAGAAAUUGUUCAAACUAUUUCAAUGCACUCUAUGUAAAAAUGUCUAUUGUCUUAAUCGUCGAAAGGACGCGGCAUGUAACUGUGUUUCAACAGACCUGAUCAUUCUGUUAAUCACUGCUCAUGCAAUGUUUCCUGAUGUGCUGUUUGUGAAUUGUGCCGAUUACCUGACGUCGUGUUGUGUUGUGACACAAUCGUCUUCACAACCUUGUUCUCUUAUGAAGCUGACAGACGAUUGUGUCAUGUGACAUCGGUCUUCACUGGUGAUGUGCUGAUUGUUAGUGAAUGGACAUUGAAAUGCAAAGACUCCUGUUCCUGUUUGUAUUUAUUGAAUAUUCUUUAUUGUUGGAAACAAA